AUGUCGACAUCUACUUCCGUUACAACAACCCAGCAGCAUGAGCGAUCCGUCCUCCUCGCCGGUGAGGACGAGCUGUCUAACGCAGCCAAUGAUACCAAGUUCCAGUCUCUCGCUCGUGGAAACCGCAACGGCACUCUGAAGCUGCAAGGAAUCCCUACAUUCUCAGACCCGCUUGAGAAACGUAAGUGGAUGAAGGAGCAUAUGGCCGCUGCUUUCCGAUACUUCGGCAAGCUGGGCUAUGGUGAGGGUGUUUCGGGUCACAUCUCAAUGCGUGAUCCCAUCUUGAAGGACCACUUCUGGAUGAAUCCUUUUGCGAAGCACUUCUCUACCAUCAAGGCUUCUGAUCUGGUUCUUGUCGACCACGAGGGAUACGUUACUGAAGAAGGUGCUCAGCUUCCUAUCAACGAGGCUGGGUUCAUGAUCCACUCCGAAAUUCAUAAGGCUCGUCCUGAGGUGAUCGCCGCGGCCCAUACCCAUGGUAUUCAUGGCAAGACAUGGAGUGCUUUUGGAAAGCCGAUUGAGAUGCUUACUCAAGAUGCUUGCAACUUUCAUGGUCGCCUCGGCGUUUACCAGGAUCACGGUGGUGUUGCCCUCUCUCAAGAGGAGGGCAAACAGAUUGCUGAGGCGUUGGGUAAAGAUAAUAUUGCCUGCAUUCUUAAGAACCAUGGUCUUCUUACCGUGGGUCGUACGGUCGAUGAAGCCGCGAUCUUGUACUCUAUGCUGGAAAAUGCUUGCCACUCUCAGCUCAUGGCUGAAGCUGCCGCGGCAAACGGUAUCCCCAAGCAGAUUAUCAGUGAUGAGAUAGCUCAGUACACUGCUGGAUUUGCCCAGAACCCUCAUAACUUCUAUACCGAGUUCCAGCCAGAAUUUGAGCUGCUAGUCGAAGAAACCAAUGGCAGAAUGUUGCAAUAA